AUGGAACCUAAGGUAGGUGAUAUGUUUGAGUCUCCUGCACAACUUAAGUUUUGUAUUCAAAAUUAUGGGGUGUCAAAUGGAUAUCAGAUAUACUUUGAAAAAUGUGAUAAAACUAGACUAGUUGCAAGAUGUGGGAAGAGGACAGAGAUGAAUGAUUGUCCUUUCAGAUUGUAUGUUGGAUGGAUGUACAAUGAAAAAUCAUUUCAAGUUAAAAAUUUGGUUGGAGAGCAUCGUUGCAGUAGGAAGUUCAAAUUUGGAAGUCUUGUUUCCCCUAAAUGGAUAGGUAGGCAUUACAUUACUGAAAUUGCAAACACACCUAAGAUGAAACUUAGGGACAUGAUUGCCGAUAUCAAACAAAGGUUGAGAUGUGUAGUAUCCAUUGGGCAAGUCCGUAGGGCAAAAAAAUGGGCCACUGAGUUGAUUGAAGGAAAACUAACUGAACAUUAUGCUAGGGUAUGGGAUUAUGCUGAUGAAUUAUUAAGGUCCAACCCAGGUUCAACAUGCAAAGUUAGUGUCACUGUCAAUCCAGAUGGGAAGAACUACUUCCACAGAUUUUACAUUGGUUUCAAAGCUUUAAGUGAUGGAUGGAAAUUAGGGUGUAGAAGAGUAAUUGGUUUGGAUGGAUGCUUCCUGAAAGGACAGGUGAAGGGUGAGUUGUUGACUGCCAUUGGUAGAGAUGCUAAUAACCAGGUGUAUCCUAUAGCAUGGGCUAUUUUUGAUGUUGAAAACAAGCCUAACUGGACUUGGUUUAUUGAGCUUCUUAGAGAUAGUGUAGACCUUCAUGAUGGCAGAGGAUUGGUGGUGAUAUCUGACCAACAUAAGGUCUGUUUUCAAUACUCCAUUUCAUAUAAAUGUUAA